CUCCCCUCUCUGCCUCAACUCAGUGUCAGUCUUCUGGCAGCCUGCUCUUCCCACCUCAGCAUCUGCAUCUGUUAUCUCAGCUGGGAAGCAGAGAGCAUCUCCUGGAUGUAUCUGUGUUCCUAGAAGAAUAGGACUGACAGCGGCUCCGAACAAUAGAUAGUGCCACCCUAUGGUAUGUGUUACGGACAGAGCUGGUAUAAAACAGGGAGAGGAUGCGUGCUGUCUGGUGGUGCACCCUCCCCCAGGUUGCUGAGGCAGACAAGCCGUUUCGCUCUGACUGAUUCUCUCUCUGCUAGCUUAAAACUCCAGCCUGGGCAGGCUGCCCCAGGGAUUUCAGUUUAGAAAGUACUUCAGUCCCCAGUGAAUCACCAUGAGCUCUUCUCACCUAAACAACAGAGCUGAGAGCCACCUUCGAGCCUCAGAGGAGCACGAACUGGAGGCAGUGGGGAAGAAAGCUUGGGAUAAUCCUGUUUACAAUGGCUCUCCCUCUACCUCCUUGAAGAUCCGAGCUAUCUACAACCCCAAGUCCAUUCUGGAGAAUCCCUAUGAGAACUUUGAAGAGGUGGGGGGUCCGCUGCCCUGCUCAGAGCAGCAGAGCAAAGCUGUGGAUGGGAAGACAAGUCCUUUCCCCAAGUGCUGCUUCUACAUCUUCAAAGGCAUUCGAGGUCUGUGGGGUACUACACUGACUGAAAACACAGCUGAAAACCGAGAACUCUAUGUAAAGACCACUCUGCGAGAGCUGCUAGUCUAUAUUGUGUUCUUGGUGGAUAUCUGUCUAUUGACAUAUGGAAUGACAAGCUCCAAUGCCUAUUACUACACCAAAGUGAUGUCCGAGCUCUUCCUGCAGACCUCUUCGGACAGCAGUGUUUCCUUCCACUCCAUUGGUAGCAUGGCUGACUUUUGGGUGUAUGCACAAGGCCCCCUUCUGAAUAAUCUUUACUGGACCAAGUGGUACAACAACCAGUCCCUAGCAGCGCACGGCACCCAGUCAUACAUCUAUUAUGAGAAUCUGCUGUUGGGUGUCCCACGCAUGCGACAGCUGAAGGUGAAGAACAAUUCCUGUGUGGUCCAUGAUGACUUCAAAGAGGAAAUCUCAGGCUGCUAUGAUGUAUACUCAGAAGAAAAGGAGGAAAGAGUCUCCUUUGGACUCAUCAAUGGAACAGCGUGGAGGUACCAUUCUGAGGAGCAACUGGGUGGUUCAUCUCACUGGGGAAGACUAACCAGCUAUAGCGGCGGAGGAUACUACAUAGACCUCAAGUUGACCAGAGAAGAGAGUGCUGAAGCCCUGAAGGUCUUGAAAGAGAAGUUGUGGCUGGAUCGAGGGACACGAGUUGUCUUCAUUGAUUUCUCAGUGUACAAUGCAAAUAUCAAUCUGUUCUGUGUUCUGAGGUUAGUGGUUGAGUUUCCAGCCACCGGUGGUGCCAUUCCCUCCUGGCAAAUCCGAACAGUCAAGCUUAUACGAUAUGUCACCACAUGGGACUUCUUCAUUGUUGCCUGUGAAAUUGUCUUCUGUGUCUUCAUCUUCUACUAUGUGGUAGAGGAGAUCCUGGAAUUGCAGAUCCACAAGCUUCAGUAUUUCAGCAGUAUCUGGAAUAUCCUGGAUGUGGUUGUCAUUCUGCUCUCCAUCGUUGCUAUUGGGUUUCACAUCUUUCGCACCAUCGAGGUGAACAGACUGAUGGGAGAGCUGCUGAAACACCCUGACACCUACGCAGACUUUGAGUUCCUGGCAUUCUGGCAGACCCAGUACAACAAUAUGAACGCAGUCAACUUAUUCUUUGCCUGGAUCAAGAUAUUCAAGUAUAUUAGCUUUAACAAAACAAUGACCCAACUGUCCUCCACACUGGCACGCUGUGCUAAGGACAUCCUGGGCUUUGCCAUUAUGUUCUUCAUUGUCUUCUUUGCCUAUGCCCAACUGGGUUACCUUCUUUUUGGGACACAAGUGGAAAACUUCAGUACCUUUGUUAAAUGCAUCUUCACCCAGUUUCGGAUCAUUCUUGGUGACUUUGACUACAAUUCCAUUGACAACGCCAACAGGGUCCUUGGGCCUAUUUAUUUUGUCACUUACGUGUUCUUUGUCUUCUUUGUGCUCCUGAAUAUGUUUCUGGCCAUCAUUAAUGACACCUACUCAGAAGUCAAAGAGGAGCUUUCAAGCCAGAAGGAUGAGCUGCAGCUCUCAGACAUCCUGAAGCAGAGCUACAACCGGACACUGAUGAGGCUGAAGCUGAAGAAGGAGAGGAUUUCUGAUGUACAGAAAGCACUGCAGAAUGGAACAAAAGAACUGGACUUUGAGGACUUCAAGAACAGCUUGAAGAAACUAGGCCAUGCAGACCAUGAGAUCACAGCAACCUUCUCCAGGUUUGACAAAGAUGGCAACCAGAUUCUUGAUGAAGAGGAGCAGCAGCAGAUGAAGCAUGACUUAGAGGAGAAAAGGGUUGCUUUGAAUACGGAGAUUGAAAACUUGGGGAAAUCCUAUGGUGGCAACAACUUGGAUGAGAAUCUGGCCUACAUAGAAGCAAAGACUAACCAUGCCAGCUGGGUCUCCAAAGAAGAGUUGCAAGUCCUCCUGCAACGUGUGCUGCAGCUGGAACAGUCCAUCAGCAGCAUUGGCUCCAAGACUGAUGCGGUGGUGAGCAAGCUAGAGGUGCUGGAGAGAAACAAGCUGAAGUGGAAGGACUUGAUAGGCAAGCCACUGGAUAACAUUAGUAAGGAGGAAGAACCAAGUCAGGAAGAACUGGUCCACCAGAGCCCAGAUCAUCUACGAAAAAGAGAACCAGAAGGCUGGGGAAUGGAGUGUUUACAAAGAAACAGCUUGAGUGGCAGCUCUGCGCAAAAUGGGAUCUACCCCAACUUGCCCAGGUCAAAUUUACCAGGGUCUCAGGUGUCCAAGAACACCCGGCCUCAGUCUGACGUGCACUUCUAGCAAACAGCCCAGUGCUUCCACCCUGGCUCCCAAGGUACUAAGUCAAUGUCCGCUGUUUCCCCACGGUUAGAAUAGUCAGCUGAGCACAGACACCACUGUUGCCAGGGACUGGUGAUGUGAAGAAUCAGGGAUGCUUUUUUCCAAAAUAAGUAAUGACACCACAAACCUAGAACUUCUGGCCCCAGUAUCUCUAGACUAGGGGAAAUUUGAAAACAGAUGUUCUAUUUGGCUUCUAUCUCUGAACAGGCGAGUCCAAAGUCCUUUUACUUAUCCUGUCUCAACAUCUGAAGACUCCAGAGCCCUGGGAACAUCUAGGUCCAGAGUGACACAUUGCAACUUGUUCCCAAAACCUACAUGCUCACUCUCAUGAGUUUUUGUAGGACAAAGAUGCAGUAGUUAUGUAAACAAGACAAAUGUAACCAUCAGUGUGAGAUGGAAAGAAGAAAUUAGUUAUUUGUAUCUACCUGAUUAUUUAGUUUUUUUCUAUCAUAGUUUAUUUCCAGAAUGCUUUGGUAACCCUCUUUCUACCUUAGAGUCAGAACCGAAGAAGAUACAAAUACCUACCCAGAUAACUGAAACGAGAGUUGACUCACACUGUAAUUAGGAGAUCUGAAAUAUCAUAGAUAGGGAAGCAGUUGUUACUGGCGAAGUCCUGGGUUCUGAAUGUUAGAGAAUGACUUUCUGGUAACAUGGUUUCUAACACAGCUGUUGACACUAACAUUUUCUCAAUUUUUAUGUUGUUUAAUUUCAUGCUCUUUAAACUGCAUUUCAAGAUAUUUCGCAAAACUGGCUCCAUGUCUCCAAACUUGUGACACUUCUCAUUUUUACCAAGGAAGCAUUUUUGUUCGCAGUUGUGGAUGCUAACACCAUUUAAUGUAGGAAUAUUGUGAAAAUGAGAUAAACGUCAGUUUCUCCAACAGGUGUAAAAUGCUUUUCUUUUUCCCUAGGUAUUCAUCAUUUUACUGAGACUUUUCCCUUCCCCUGUAACUGAUGCAGCCUAUUGCAGCUAGUGUAAAUCAGCCCUGCACUUAGCGGGUUUAUUCUGAUUUACACCUCUGGAGAAGCAGGCCUUUCAUUCUGCUCUCCAGCUUAACAGUUCUGUUUUGUGUGACUUAGGUUAUUGCAAUCAUAACAAGCACACCGAUAGUUAAUAUCUUCGGUGAGGAAUGCUGGCACAGGAUCAUCCAGUGAAAUGAGUGGGGGUAAGACUUCACAUGUUAGUUGGACUAAUUUCCAGUUUUAUAAUAAAUUUCAUCCCAGGGAUAUUAGAAAGUUUAUUUUACAGGGCUCGCUUUCAUUCACCACUGAAGGCAACCAGCUCUGGGGUGAAACAUGUCAUUCAUGACAAAUUUCAGGACAGGACAAUGCUAAAAGUAUUUGAAAUAGCCUAUCCAUUGCUAUUCCACAAUGGUUAACCUCAGAUAGGCUCUGUAGGCUUAUUAAUGCUGCUAUGCAGUCCAGCAAUAAGCUCAGUGUGGUGUUGUGCAGUGGCAUUUCAUAUUGCCACUUUUCAAAGAUGGAUACGUCUCUGUGUUCCAGGGGAAAGCAUCCCCUCGGAAUAUCUGAGGAACCUCAGGAGCAGCCGUGGCCCUGGAUAGAGCAGGCUCCAGGGUUGUCACAGCUACACGAUAUCACUGACAAACCAAAGGAGAGGGUCACUCAGCUAUGGGAGCCUAGCAGGAGCUGAGAGACCUGGUCCUUUAGGAUCACCUUCAAGAUCACCCCAAGGAGCUCAGAUUUCAGCCAGGGGCUGUGGAUCCAGGAACUGUGGGCUCUCACAACUCUGCUUAGCACCAGCCAUUCCUGCUGUUGGGACAAGGCUUAUCCAUGGGACCUUGCCACAGUUCUGGACUCCCAGCUCCCACCGCAUUCAGAACUAAGCAGGAGCUUCUUGCCUCUGAGGCAGCUUUUCCAGCUGAACUCAGAAUGAUGACACCACUAUUUCCUCCUACUCUGAGCAGUGAAGUUUUUUCUUAUUCAAAAGAAAAUGGCCCAUGUCAGGCAUCUGAGAACUCCCAAGGGUUGGAAUAGGCCCCCUUUUUUGCAAAUUAUAAUUAAACAGAAAAUCCAUAUUCUAAAUUAUAAUCAGACAGAGGAUUUAUGUACCUCCAGUAGGCGCUAAUAAUAAUACACACAUAGUCACUUACAAAAGUCAGAACUGAAACAUGGUCAUGACUGAGGGUGGAAAGCUUGCUCUUAAUGAACUGGGUGCUCUGUGUGCUGAGAGGCAUAGAGGAAGGAUCUUCCUUAAAUUCAUUUGAGAGACCUCGUCUCAGCUCCUGGCUCAGUAGCAGAGUGUGGUUGCAGAGACCUCACUGUAACAAAAACACAUGCUACCCUUUUGAAAUCUCUGAAGGUGUAUCCACCUUUUCUAGAGGCUCAGAGUAUUGGGUGAGAUCCUGAAUCUGUAUUCCUGCACAGAAGUCAAACAUUUGGAAUACUGAUCUAUGAAGAUUUAAGCCUAACACCAGGGAAGAAAUCUGAGCAACUGUUUAACUGUUAAACUGUGCUUUAGGGGUUCGACUCUCUGCUGGUGAAGUCAGUGGAAGUUAUGUUGCUGGCUUAGGAUCAGGUCCUAAACUUAGCAACAACCACUAUAAGGAAAACAGGACUCUGAAGUCAGGUCCUAGAGGGCAAAUGAAGAUCAACGUGAUUAUCUGUGAGGCCUUGCUUUAUAAAGCCUCAGAUGUAUCACACUGAGUAUAUCCUUUUGUUGUUGUGUCCAACAGAAACAGUGGCACCAGACCUCCCUGUUUGCUUUGCCCAGUGUUUUUGUUCCCCUCCCAAGCUGUGCCAAGCAGCGUCAGGACCAGCUCCAAGGAGGCUUCACCUGCAGAGGCAGGGGUGCUGAAGCCCUGCUGUCACCACACACCAGGUGGCUCAGGAGAGGGACUUGCACCCUCCACCUCCCUGCUCCCCUCCGGGCAAAGACCCCUAUAAGCAUCAAGGAAGGCAAGUUAGGUGAGAGGGCAAUGGCACAGCAGCCAGUGUCCAGAUCUGCAGGCCAGCAGCCAGCAGCCUCAGGCAACCAGGUCACAGGUAACGUGGGCGGCUAUCUGGGGCAGCAAGCUGCUGGGGGAGCAAAAUGGCUGUGGUCGUGCUGUCAGCUCUCUUCAUACCCGGACCCGGGGAAGCCAGCUUUCGCCUGCUGAGGGGGAGUGUGGAGUCCCCACAUGGCCAUCGCAGCUGGAAGAGGCAGCUGCCUCUCACUCCUCCGAGCCAUGGUGAUAGCAGGAGCAGCAAGCCCAGCUCGCAAGCGUUCCCCUCUUCCCACUGACAAGAGCAGCCUGGCAGCCUUCUCUCCAUUGGGAUGAGAGACAAAAGCCAGUCUGACCUGCUCUGCUGAGAAGCUUUGUACCCGCUCUGGCUGGGAUCACAUGAGAACCACAGGCUGCAGGGGUCACCUCGGUCUGAUCCAUAGUCUGGCUGGGAGGCUCCUUUCUGCCUUCCUGCCUCCUUUCUUGCGGAAAGACCACUUUCUUCUUCCAGUGCUCUGAUUUUGGUUGUGCCAGCAUCACUCUCGGUGUAAAACAAGUCCUGUCACUGGUAUACACCUGUGCCUGCCUUAAUGUCUUCUCUCUUACUUGUACAUCUCUGUGCAACUGUGUCUUGUCUGUUCCUUGUCAAACAUGCUGCCAUGUAUAUGAUGAGUCCCAGAGCAGGGCAAGCCAAUUACAUGUCCCCAGCAAUUGCUUGUGUGUCAUUGUCAGUUGUGUAUUUAGGCUAGUUGAGAAAUACAUACAUAAAUUCACUGAUAUUUGUGGCUUCUAUUUCCAGAAGUGUAGUGUUGGGCCUCCCAUCAGAAGGUGGCAUUGCUUAGGUGAUAUACAUCUCAUGGGAAAAGUAAAGUAUUUUUCCUCUGUA